UUCCACUCCGCCCGGGCACCCCGAGGGCAAACAGGGGGAGGACGGAAUUUCCCAGAGCAGGGGCUCCGGCUUCCCCGCAACGCGGCAGCCUCUUUCUGUUUACGGAGAGAAAGGGGAAAUGGAAAAGGCGGGGAGGCGGCGGCGGGUGGCGUCCGCUGCACCGCCCCUCGGCCGGCUCAGACGCCGUGAGUCAGGGGCAGACGAGGGCGGCAGGGGCUCACUAGUCCGUUCCGCUCGGGACGACGCGCCACGCGCCGGGGCCGGUCGCCCUGGCUCCAUCUCCUACUGCCGCCGGGCCCCGUGGCCCCGGAGGGCCGACCACCAGCUGUGCACGGUGCCAUCUGGGGGAGGCGGCUGAUGCGCUCGGCCCGCGGGGGCGCGCGGAGGCCGCAGACUCCCCGGAAAGCCUAACAGUAAUGGAGUACAUGAGCACUGACAGUGACAAUAAAGAAGAAAUCGAUUUGUUAAUUAAACAUUUGAACAUGUCUGAUGUCAUAGACAUUAUGGAAAACCUUUAUGUGAGUGAAGAGCCAGCGGUUUAUGAACCCAGUCUAAUGACCAUGUGCCAAGACAAUAAUAAUCAUAAUGAGGAGCAUUCCGAGUCUCUGCUGCUCAGUGGCCAAGAGAUGUCUUGGUUAUCAUCAGUCAAAUAUGGAACUGUGGAAGAUUUGCUUGCUUUUGCAAACCAUAUAUCCAAUACCACAAAGCGUUUUUAUGGACACCGGCCUCAGGAAUCCGGAAUUUUAUUAAAUAUGGUAAUCACUCCUCAAAAUGGACGCUAUCAAAUAGACUCUGAUGUCCUCCUUAUCCCUUGGAAGCUGACUUACAGGAAUAUUGGCUCUGAUUUCAUUCCUCGGGGGGCCUUUGGAAAAGUGUACUUAGCGCAAGACAUAAAGACGAAGAAAAGAAUGGCUUGUAAACUGAUCCCAGUAGAUCAAUUUAAGCCAUCUGAUGUGGAAAUCCAGGCUUGCUUCCGGCAUGAGAACAUUGCUGAGUUAUAUGGUGUGGUCCUGUGGGAUGAAACUGUGCAUCUCUUUAUGGAAGCAGGAGAGGGCGGGUCUGUUCUAGAGAAACUGGAGAGCUGUGGACCAAUGAGAGAAUUUGAAAUUAUUUGGGUGACAAAGCAUAUUCUCAAGGGACUUGAUUUUCUACACUCAAAGAAAGUGAUUCACCAUGAUAUUAAACCUAGCAACAUUGUUUUCAUGUCCACCAAAGCUGUUCUGGUGGAUUUUGGCCUAAGUGUUCAAAUGACAGAAGAUAUCUAUUUUCCAAAGGACCUCCGUGGAACAGAGAUCUACAUGAGCCCAGAGGUGAUCCUUUGCAGGGGCCAUUCCACUAAAGCAGACAUCUACAGCCUGGGGGCCACGCUCAUCCACAUGCAGACCGGCACCCCGCCCUGGGUGAAGCGUUACCCUCGCUCAGCCUAUCCCUCCUACCUGUACAUAAUUCACAAGCAAGCCCCUCCGUUAGAAGAUAUUGCAGGUGACUGUAGUCCUGGCAUGAGAGAGCUAAUAGAAGCCGCCCUGGAAAGGAACCCAAAUCACCGCCCCAGGGCAGCAGACCUACUCAAACACGACGCCCUGAACCCCCCGAGAGAGGAUCAGCCGCGCUGUCAGAGUCUGGACUCUGCUCUCUUUGAGAGGAAGAGGCUGCUGAGCAGGAAGGAGUUGGAACUUCCUGAGAACAUCGCUGAUUCUUCAUGUACAGGAAGCACUGAGGAAUCAGACAUGCUAAAGAGACAACGUUCUCUCUACAUAGACCUGGGAGCCCUGGCUGGCUAUUUGAACCUUGUACGGGGUCCACCAACGCUAGAGUAUGGCUGAUUGAUGACAUCAUCUGCAGCAUUUAUGUCUGGAAGCUGGGUUCUGCUGACUCUGCACAGGGACUCUAUAUAGUGAAUUGCACCAUUUAUUAGCUGGCAGUGUGGGGCUCCCCUGCUCAUGAACGGGUCUCCACAUGGCUCCUGUGUGUUUGAUUUAUGAAGCUGCCCUGGUACCUACAAGGUCUUAAAAGUUCUCAUGUCUCAGGUGGCGUGUCUCAAAAGAAGUUGAGAGUUCAUAGAAGGAUCAUUUCUGGUGACUGAUUCCAUUCACUGUGCACUUUGCUCAAAAUUUUUAAAAUAUCAAUCACAGUGAUAAUAUAUUAGCCUAAAAUAACUAUUCUUUUUUCUGAUUUAAGUAUGGAAACUUCAUUUAACUCAGAAUGGUUGCUAUGUGUAUACUGGUAUAUAUUAUAUGGUAACUCUUUGAGCCUUUGUCAGUAUAUUCUAAUAUAAAUUAAAGUCCUGUUUUAGGUGAAUAGAACAACUUGUUGGCAGUAGGCUGAACUAGUGUCUUAAAAUGGCUAACUGGUUAAUUAGGAGCCAUCUGACAGCAGACCACUAGUGACAGGUUCUGUUAUGUUCCUAUGGAAACAUUUUGUACUGUAUAUGCUAUGCUUAAGACAUUUAAAACAUGAUGUUUUGAAUGUGGAUGAAACUGUGUAAACCACAUCAUUUCUGUACAUCCCAAAGGAUGAGAAUGUGACUUUUAAGAAAAAUGGAAACUUUUGUAAAUUCUUAACGAUGCUACUUUUGUAAUUCUUGUGAUUCUAUUUCUUCUAUGGAUUUGUAUAUUAAAAUAGCAUACUGUGUAUGUUUUAUAUCAAAAGCCUUCAUGAAUCUUUCUUAUAUAUAUAUAAAUGUAUAUAUUUAACAUUGUAAACUAUAAGAGUAUUCCUACUUAAAAUAUAUUUUUACAUCAUGCAAAUGAAGCCAAUACCUUUUCCAGCAUGGUUAGUCAAAUAAACUCAGUAUUUUGCCUUAA